AUGUGUAGAACAAGCCUCACACUGGCACCACCCAGGAUUACCGGCUCCUGGGAGAAUUCCCACCCUGUCUUUCUCGGACAAGCCAAACUCUACGUCCUAGCCGACAAAUACGGUAUCGAGCCUUUGCGUCGACUCAUUAUUCUCAAGCUUUAUCGAACACUGAGCACCUUCAAACUGUACGAUACGGGGGUGGUUUCCAUUAUUGAAUUUGUUCGAUUCGUCUAUUUGAACACACCACCGAAUCAUGGCGGCCAGGUUGAUCCUCUGAGAAACAUGGUAACGCGUUAUGUCAUUUCUGUUCUUGGAAAAAUCGGCGAAAAUCAGUAUUUCCAAGAGCUUUUGGAGGACGGUGGUCCUUUCGUCGCCGACUUCUGGCGUAUCAUCUGGAGUGUUUAA